CUGGGGCGGGGCCGCGGCCCCCGGGCCGCCACGCGGGUCCACUUCGCGGUGGCGACGGGUGGGCUCAGCCUGGGCGCCAUGCGCACCCCGGUCACUGGCGGCGGCGACGACUACCUGGAGUCCGAGGAAGGCGCGGACCGCACUCCGCUGCUGAACGAGACCCAGCCCGACGCGGUGCCUGCAUGUUGCUCAGCUCGCUACAAUUUAGCAAUAUUGGCCUUCUUUGGAUUCUUCCUUCUCUAUGCGUUACGUGUGAAUCUAAGCGUUGCUCUGGUAGACAUGGUAGAACCCAACACAAGUUUAACAAAAAAUACAACUUCCAGUGUGUGUCCAGAACAUUCCUCCACCCUAAAUGUGCCUCGUAACACAACGGGAAAAAAAUAUUCUUGGGAUUCAGAUACUCAAGGAUGGAUCCUUGGUUCCUUUUUCUACGGCUACAUCGUUACUCAGAUUCCAGGUGGAUAUCUUGCAAGCAAAAUUGGAGGGAAGUUUUUGCUGGGGUUUGGUAUCUUUGGUACCUCUCUGUUCACCUUGUUCACCCCCUUAGCAGCAGAUUUGGGAGUUGGAUACCUCAUAGCAGUCAGAGCCUUGGAAGGGCUGGGAGAGGGAGUUACAUUCCCCGCUAUGCAUGCCAUGUGGUCAUCUUGGGCUCCUCCACUGGAACGCAGCAAGCUCCUUAGUAUUUCAUAUGCAGGUGCACAGCUCGGAACAGUUGUCUCUCUUCCGUUGUCUGGUUUAAUUUGCUACUACAUGAAUUGGGUUUAUGUAUUCUAUAUAUUCGGUGCACUUGGUAUAUUAUGGUUCUUCUUCUGGAUAUGGUUGGUUAGUGACACACCCCAAACUCACAGAAGAAUCUCACACACUGAAAGGGAAUAUAUUCUUUCCUCCCUUAAAGAUCAGCUUUCUACUCAGAAGUCUGUGCCAUGGGAACCUAUGCUGAAGUCUAUUCCACUCUGGGCUAUUGUUGUGGCACAUUUUUCUUAUAACUGGACUUUUUACACUCUUCUCACACUGUUACCUACAUAUAUGAAGGAGAUUCUGAGGUUUGAUGUGCAGGAGAAUGGACUUUUAUCUGCACUGCCUUAUUUUGGCUGUUGGGUGUGCAUAAUCUUGUCUGGUCAGAUUGCUGAUUACUUGCGGGAAAAACGGAACUUGUCCACUGUAUGUGUUCGCAAAACAUUUACCUUAAUAGGAAUGAUUGGACCUGCUGUAUUUCUAGUAGCUGCUGGAUUCAUAGGCUGUGACUAUACAUUGGCUGUUGUAUUCCUAACCAUAUCAACAACACUAGGAGGCUUUUGUACAUCUGGCUAUAGCAUCAACCACCUUGAUAUAGCACCAUCGUAUGCUGGGAUCCUCCUUGGAAUCACAAACUCAUUUGCCACUAUCCCAGGAAUGGUGGGGCCAGUGAUUGCCAAACUCCUGACUCAUCAUAAUACUAUGGGAGAAUGGCAGACUGUCUUCUAUAUUGCUGCUUCUAUUAACUUAUUUGGAGCAAUUUUCUUUGCAUUAUUUGGCAGUGGAGAAGUGCAGGACUGGGCAGUCAGUGGAUACCACAUGCAUAGGAACUGAAGGAGUCAUUGAAAUACCCAGGCUGAAUUGCUUUGUAUUAAAAUCAUGUGACCUGAAAAGUGCCUUUCACAUUGAUGCCUAAAAAUCUACAGAAGUUCUUCAGUUUAAUCAUUUUAUCUUUGUCCUUUUUGUACUGGAAGUCAUUUGAUAGCAUUAUGUAUGCUGUUUCUGUAACAAGAAACUACUUGGAUCUGGUACUAGCCUCAUGCUAGGAAUUUACAUGAGAUUUAUAUGUUCCUAAAAUUUUAAAUCAAUGUGUUAGGCAAGAUUUCCAUCCAGUCUUUUUAGCUAAUACUUUCUGAAGUAAAGUGCGUAGGGUGAUAUAUUUUAUCAUUGAAGGGGAGGUGGGGGGGAGAGAGAAGUAAUUGUGUAUGAUGCUGCGUGGAGGACUGGAAUGCAAAGAAUGGAAUGCAAUAAGCAAUGGUCUGGAUUGUCAUGAUGGAGUUGACAUGUUUCUACAAUUUUAGCCUCCAGGAACUUCCUGUUUUUCUGUAGCCUUUUACCUCAUUUUAAUUUUAUUUUUUAUAUUUUAAUUACUAUUGGAAUCCAAAACAUUUAGAAUUUUACAUGCACAAAAUUAUAGUAUAUAAAUAUGAGUUCAAGAACGUGGCUUCAUGUUGGAUACAGAGAAAUCAGAGAGUGAAGUACAUAGUAGGUAGCUCAAACAGUGGGACUAAUGGCGAGGAACCCACCCUUUGCUCCCUUUAGUGGUGUAAAAUUUUGACAUACUAUAUGAGGCCAAAGCAAAGUAAAAGCAGUGGAUUCUAUGGCUUGACCUUUAAGGCACCUUAACAACAAACUGUAAGUGGAAUAUCUAUGUAAGCAAGGUCAUUAAAAUGGUUUUCAAUCCCAA